GAAGAUCUCAGAGUCAUCAUCAUAUCUGCCAAAGGUCCGGUGUUCUCAUCGGGACACGACCUGAAGGAGCUGACAUCCGCUCAGGGCCAAGAGUUCCACACCAAGGUGUUUCAGACCUGCUCAGAGGUGAUGACCCUGAUACAAGACAUCCCCGUCCCAGUGAUCGCCAUGGUGAACGGCGUCGCCACGGCAGCCGGCUGCCAGCUGGUCGCCAGCUGUGACAUCGCCGUAGCGACCGAGAAGUCCACCUUUGCCACACCUGGCGUCAAUGUGGGCCUGUUCUGCUCGACGCCGGCGGUGGCCAUCGGCAGAGCGGUGCCCAGGAAGGUUGCCAUGGAGAUGCUGCUGACGGGAACUCCUCUCUCAGCCCGUGACGCUCUGCUGCACGGCCUGAUCAGUAAGGUGGUUCCCGAGGAGCGGCUGGAGGAGGAGACGCUGGCCAUCGCCCAGCGGGUCUGCCAGUCCAGUCGGCCCGUCGUGGCUCUUGGAAAGGCCACCUUCCUCAGACAAAUGGCUCAAGGCAGAGACGCAGCGUAUGCUACGGCCUCCAAGGUGAUGGUGGACAACCUGGCUCUCCGGGAUGGGCAGGAGGGGAUCCGGGCCUUCAUCGAGAAACGCAAGCCUGUGUGGAGCAAUAAAGCUGAGAAGGUUCAUGACUGAGCAGCUCUGCUGCUAGAGAAGAAGAAAUAAAAGAGUGAAAUCUGCAGUAUUAAGAAGAUCUAAGGUUUAAAUCAUUUCUUAUUUUGGCCAAACAGAACCUUUGUUCUGUUCAGAUCAGCAGCUCUCUGGGCCUCAGGAGCUCAUUCUGUUAGAAAUUCAUCCUUGUUUAUCUUGAUUUGAUGGUUUCCUUUUGACUAAAUUAAUCAGAACUUUUGCAUAUUAUUGAGGAAACAGCAGAUAAAGGUCUCUGAUAAUCAGAAGAGUUCCCCUCUUAAUGGUGGACGUUUGUGACAGACUGGUUUAAGCUGAAUCUUAAACUAAACUGAGUUUAGGAAAAAGGUUCCCUUCUUGGUUAGACAUCUUUCUUCAACACUACAGACAUUAUAUAUUUUUUUUUAUUUUGCCCUUUCUUUUGUGUAUGAAAUUAUUUUGCAAACUCUUGCUUGAACUUGAAUUUAUUAAAGGAAAAGUCCGGUCUGCAAGGAAUCA